AUGAGAUUUGGAAAGCGUUCUCAAGAUGGAUCCAUUCUGAGUAAAUCAGUACAAGAAAAAGAUGACAUUCAAAAGCACCUCAACCUCCUGAAGGAAAGGCUUCUGAGACAUUACAAGACCCUGAAGGUGCCUACAGGGAAGCUGAGCAACCUGAAAAAUGUGCUGAGUCUUAAGGUGACAGAGAAACAGAAUCUUUCAUCCAAUGAAGAGGCCGUGGCACUACUGCAGGAAGAAAUAGCAACAGCUGUGGAGACUGCUGAGAAUACAGAUGAGAAUAUUCAGAGCCUGCAGGAUAAAAUCCGGACUCUCAGGAACCGGUUGGAGGAAGCUGAGGAUAAGGCUAAGAAGGUGUUCCAGACAAACGGUACAGGGGUCCUCAGCCUUCCAGAACUCCCAAAGAACAGUCUGCAAGCACCCAUUCUUCAGGAAGAGAUUCUGAAAAUUCAAGAUCAGAAAGGUAUUUUGAAGGACCUACACUCCAUCCAACAGUCAGCUGAGAUGAAGAAUAUGUUGACUCUCCUUGAACAGGCCUACAAGAAGGUGGACUCGCUUUGAGGAAUCUGUAUGUCUGCCAAUGCUAAGGCAAGCUUUAUUUCAUGCCAGCGGUGUUGACUCUGACAAAAUGUUUUUUGCUUCUAAAGACUUGCCUUCUGCAAACACCAAAUAUCUGUUAACCUUUUUAUUAGACAGAUGUUUGCACAAUAUAUUGAUUGUUGCCCAGUCAAACAUUAGUGAUACGCUGCUUUUUUCAUUGGUGUAAAGACCAGACAUGUACAACUUAGUUCAUCCACAUAAGGACCACUUUUAUAUAACAUAUAUAUUGUAUUAAUAAACUAGGUUAUGACCAACGUUCACUCUAAUCUUUUCCAUCCAUGUGCGGAUUAACUUUUUAUGUGCACCAAGA